CUUUUCUUUCCCCCUUUUUUUUUUCUUUCUUUCUUAACCAUCCUUCUUACUUUUUCCACAUACUCCCUCUCUUCCUUUUUCUCUUCCUUGAUCUUCUUUGUCGAUCCUCUUUUUCCUUCUUACUCAACCAAACGAACCAAAACGAACAAAACGGACGCAAAGAAGAUGCUUGGUCUCUCCACAGAAAAGUACGCAUCUGUACGGGGCAACAAACGACUGACGGUCAUCCUCAUUGGCAUCAUCACCUUCAUCCUCGUAUCCGUCCUCACCUUUUCACGGGCCACCUUCGGCCUGAGUUCAUGUGGCCGCACGAUCCGAACGUUCAACGAAGCCGUUGCAUUUUCAACAUCUUCCUCUCCACAACAACAACAACAUACAACGUUUAUCAAUCUGAAUGGAAUUGAGGCCACUGCAGAGGGGAAAGAAAAGCAAGAACAUGUCUUGAUUUUAACGCCGCUCAAGAAUGCCUCACCCUACUUGGCCCGCUACUUUGAACUGAUCGACCGAAUGACGUAUCCAAAGCACUUGAUAUCGAUUGCGUUCCUGGUCUCGGACACGACGGAUGACACGGUCGAGUUGCUCAAGGAACAGGCCAAUGUGUUUCUGAACCGACGGGAUCCUGAGCAACGGUACCAUCACGUUGCGAUCUAUGAAAAGGAUUUCAACUUUGAAUUGCCCGAGGAUAAGCGACACACGUUUGAAUUGCAGCCGUUGCGUCGGUCGUACAUGGCGCGGUCUCGCAACUAUCUCUUGACGGCUGCGCUCAGAGAAGAACAUGCCUGGGUGCUCUGGUUGGAUGUGGACUUGGUCGAAUACCCAACGACGAUCCUCGAGGACCUCAUGAGCGUGAAUGUCGAUGUGGUCGUGCCAAACUGUCUGCGUGAAACGGAGGACAACUCGUUUUGGGGUUACGACAAGAAUAACUGGCAAGAAACAGAACAGUCCUUGGCUAUGCAAAAAGAUCUCGACCCGGAAUAUGUCUUGUUGGAAGGCUAUUACGAGUUCCUGACCAACCGUGCAUUGAUGGUCGAUAUGCCGACUCACUUGGGACAGCUCAACAAGGUGCCCUUGGACGGUGUGGGUGCGACAUUCACACUCGUUAAAGCGGUGGUACAUCGUGAAGGUGCAAACUUCCCGCCCUAUGUGUUCCAGCACCAGGUUGAAACCGAAGGAUUUGCAAAGAUGGCCAAGGCUAUGGGCUUUGGUGUCUAUGGUCUGCCUGGUUAUCUCAUCUACCACGUCAUGAAUCAGUAGAGAUCCUCCUUAAUGACUCCUCCUAAUGACUACUAACUUUUUUUUAUAACUACCCACUCUUAAUGUUUUCCCUCUAUAUAUACAUAGACACAACAGCCUUCUCUAUACAUAGCUCUUUUUCAUAUAUUAUAUAUACACACUCUCACACACACUCACUCACUUA